AUGCUUAUCCUUUGGCUUUGGACGCUUCUUGUGGCCUCGGCUCGUGCGCUUGCGCCAGUGCAAGACUUCAGAGUGCCAGGUAUGGCAAAGGUGGUUUCUAAGGCUUGGAGCGUGCCUCGGUUGAACGCCAACUCUAACCAGGCCACGGUGCCUGCGGCCAGAACGGUGCUGGCGAAACUGCUGGGGCCGGAAAUUCGGUUGGGUGACUCGGUGCUUCCGCUUUGGACGGAUCUGGCGAACUCAAUUUACUAUGUGAACCUGACGGUGGGCGAGAAGGACGAGGAUAUCAAGUUCCCGCUUCUUUUGGAUACGGGGAGCGGGAUUUCGUGGAUUAUGAACGAUUCGUGUUCGUCUCUGGCGUGUGGGAACUCUGCUAAGUUUCAGCAGACUGUGGUGCCUAAAUCGCUGUUUUAUCUUUCGUAUUCGGGGAGCCCAGUGCUGGGCCAGAUGGUCGAUACGGCUGAAAACGAUUUGGAGUUUAAUAUUGGUGGUUCUUUGAAAUUGACGAAUUAUUCGUUUGGCGUGGCUCUGACGGCUCCGUCGUUCUUUGAAUCUUUUAAUUUAAGUGGGAUUCUCGGUGUUCAGGCUACUUAUGAUGAUAAGGAAAAAUCAAAUAUGAUCCACCAGCUUUACUAUGCUGGGGACAUUGACAAGAUGGAGUUUGCUGUUCUUUUGAAUGGUAUUUCAAAUGUAAGCCAUUCCCUCGGCGGAGUGUUCAUUACUGGCUCCGACGCUACAAAUUACGCCUCGAAAUUGGCUUCUUCUGAAAUACAAUACUGUGACGUUCUUCAAAACGACCAACUGUUCUGGAUGUUGAACAUUUCCAGCGUCCAUUCAGGUGAAAACCACGCCAUCAACUCCAGCAGAGGAGCUAUCAUCGACACAGGCACUACAGGCAUGGCACUUUCUCGUGAUGAUGCCGACGCGUUACAUAAAGCUGCAUUUGGACUGGACUAUGUCGGCGACGAAGAGGGAAAUUUUGCAUUCAGAUGUAACGCCACGGGUAAUUUGUCCUUUGCUAUUGACGGGCACACGUUUGACCUUCCUGUGGCACAUAUCAGAGCCCUGGAGUACGACGUACCAAUUCUCCAAGGUUACUGUGCAUCCAAGAUCCAAGGCAAACCUAACUUGAACACCUGGAUUCUCGGUGCCAGCUUCCUCGGCAAUUUUUAUACCAUUUUUGAUCUCGAGAAGAGCAGAGUGGGCUUUGCACCACGCGUGGAAUCUUUCCAAAUAACCUCACCAGAUAGCACUGCAAGCCAGUCUAGUUCAUCCGCCACGCUGUCAGCCACAAAGUCCUCCUCGUCUGCUUCUUCUUCCACAGCAUCUUCAUCCACAUCGAGCUCCGGAGCUCGCUCUUCAAACAAUACUUCACAACCAGAGCAACAUAAUCUGGCGUCAAGCCUUUCACACAUAAGUUGUCUCGUGGUUCUUGCAUUCAGCAUCUUGUUACUUUCAUAG